AUGCGUGACAACCUUCCUAAAAGACCAUGGAGGAACGAGUCUGCAAUAGUCAACUUGGACAAUACCAAUGGUAGUGGUACUCAUUGGGUAUGCUACAAGAAGAGUGGAGACUACGUGAGGUACUUUGACAGCUACGGGGACUUAAUACCUCCACUGGAACUUCAGAAGUAUUUAAAUGGGAAAUACGUAUCUUACAACCGAACCGCUUAUCAGGAUGUCAACACUCACUCUGAGAUCUGUGGGCAUCUGUGUUUCACACUAGACAACAAUGACGAGAUAAGAAUACCAAUUCAACAACAAGAUAUAUGCAUUGUGCCUUCUAUGAGUUAUUUGUAUGUUGAGGGAAAGCUAUUGAAGUCAGACAAUACAGCAACUACAAAAACAAAGUUCACUCCAAACGCAUUUGCAUUUUUGUUUGACGAGAUACGGUAUGAAAUAAAUGGAGUUGAAAUAGAUCGCAUUAGGAACCCAGGUAUAACUUCUACAAUGAAAGGAUUUGCUUCUAUUGGAGAGAACUCUUUAAGAAGUUUAGGGAACUCUGGCUGGCCAACCGAGGUGAAUAAGUUGUCUUCCACUUUGGAAAGUCAUGUGACUGACACUGAUGGAAAUUUUAGUUUUUGCAUACCGCUAAGUAGGCUUCUGGGGUUCGCAGAAGAUUAUAGAAAGGUUAUUGUCAACUGCCGUCAUGAGCUUGUUCUACUGAGGUCGGCCGGGGACAAAAAUGCAGUUUUGUGGACCUCAAGUGGUGCUACUGACACAACUCCUGAAGAUAUUAAAGUUAAACUAGAGAAACUAUGCUGGAGGGUUCCCUACGUUUCUUUGAGUGAUAGACAAAGAAUUGCAUUGCUUAGACAUUUGGAAAGGGGAACGAGUGUUCCUGUAGAGUAUCGAAGCUGGGAACUCUAUGAGUAUCCCUCUUUGCCACAAUCAAACAAGCAAUCUUGGUCAGUAAAGACGGCAUCACAGCUAGAGAAGCCAAGAUACGUCAUAGUGGCUUUCCAGGAGAAUCGCAAAAACAACAUGAAAAAGUCUGCCGCAUGCUUUGAUCACUGCAAGAUAUCAAACAUAAAACUUCAUUUAAACUCUAUUAACUAUCCUUAUGAUGAUUUAAAACUAGACAUUGCAAAGAACCACUACGCUAUACUCUACGACAUGUAUACCCGUUUUCAGGAGUCGUAUUACAAUGUUCCAUCACAACCACUUUUGGACGUUAAAAAUUUCAUUUCUUAUGCACCACUAAUCGUAAUUGACUGUUCUAAGCAAAACGAAUCCCUUAGGUCAGCCCCUGUUGAUAUUCGUUUAGAAUUUGAGGCCAGCGAAGCUUUCCCUCCAGGGACUGCUGCUUAUUGUUUGAUAAUUCACGACAAGUCAUUCAGCUAUGAGCCAGCCACUAACCUGGUUCAUCGGAUAAUGUGA